AUGACCCCUCAUUCAUCCCCUCUAUCAGCGACGAUCGCCCCCGUCGCCACCAACGACGACAAAAUCGUGUGGCGCAGUGCCAUGCUCUUCAGAAAAGGCGAACCGACUGUGUUUGGGCGAGGCAAGUGGAAGCCCCGGUACGCUGUCUUGACGAGCACUUCGAUCACGUACUACACGAAUCCGAGCCAAAGCGUGCUAGAACACACCGUGGAUUUGGCUCAUUGCAGCCCCACAGACAUCGAACAAAUGCCACACGACUGUCCAAAAACUGGCCAUUCAGCGUCCUCCAUUUGGCGCAUUGCGAUUCAAACCCCCACCCGCCGACAUUUCAUUGCAAUGACUUCCCCAGACGAAAUGAAUCGCUGGUUCCAAGACCUUCAGGACAUCGCAAACAACCGAGCACUGAACGACCACCACCAGACGAUGGAUGUGCCUCUCGAACAACGGAACAUGCUGCACGUUUACCGCGACCUGAUUGUGCGCAAAGUGCUGCCCGCGUUGAAAUCAAGUUGGCGCUGGCCAAGCGGCGUUGAAACGGCAACAGUGUUCUUGCAACAAGACAAUGCGCGUCCGCACAUUGCACCAGAAGACCCAGCGUUUGUCAGUGCAGCGUCAGAUGGAGGUUGGGACAUUCAGAUGCGAAACCAACCACCACAAUCGCCUGACCUAAAUGUUCUCGACCUAGGCUUCUUUAACUCUAUUCAGGCACUUCAGCAAUCCCUCGAGUGUCAGACGAUGGGGGAGUUGAUUGUUGCUGUGAAAGAUUCGUUUGAGUUAUUCUCGCCCAUGACACUGGACAAAACCUUUUGA